ACUCCUGAGCUCAGGUGGUCCUCCUGCCUCGGCCCCCCAAAGCACUGAGAUUACAGGCGUGAGCUACCGCCCCUGGCCCAGAGUCAGUUAUUCUUAGAGCAGGUGUUUUGGCUGUUGUCUUUGAUGCUUCCCUCCCUGCUUUAACAUAACUGUAAUACAUAAUUAUUGUGGAAAAUUUAGAACACAUGGAGAAGUAAAGAUUGAAAUUGCUCACUGUCCUAUUACCCCAACCUGCACCCCCAGAGAGCUAUUUUCUCCCCUUCUCCCCAAGGGCAGAGGAUGGAGAUGGCUACACUCCUCCAGGUGGGGACUGACACCGUGGUCUCUUCGGGUUUCCUGGCAGACAGGCCCAUUGACAGUAGGUGGGUAGAGGCCAUCACCUGCCUGAGGUGAGGUCAGUGGGCAGGGCUGGGCAUCUCCUGGUGGUCUUCCCACCAGGCCUGUUCAUCAGGCUGGGGUCUGACCUCUUUCUGGUGUCUGGUGCUGACCCAGGCAAGGUAACAAGUGCUCAGUAGAGGAGUCCUGGUUCCUUCAAGGAAGCUAGGAAGUGCAGGACAGACCAGCCUGGAUUUGUGGCUUUUGCCUGGGCUUGACUUUUGACCACUUUUCUGAAAAAGGACAGGGGCGUUUUUUUGUUUUGUCAUUUUUUUUUUUUUUAAAACCAGUAGAUGUUCCUAUUUGGUUCACAGAGAUAAACACUUAAACCAGGUGAUCUGAGCACUGCAAGUCAGUUUCGUACCUCAGUCAUUUUCUGUGUGCCAAUAUGAAACUGUUCCUUCCUAAGAUCUUCCUUUUUGCUUUUUCAAACUGAAAUCAUUUUCAUUAGGAUCACUAUUUUCCCAAGUGCGUUUUACCACAAAAUUUGGUUCUGUUUUUGUUUGCUUGCUUGCUGUUAGUACUCAUUUUAGCUUCUGCCAUUAUUUCCAUCAUGUCCCGCGUAAAAUUUUGCAUAUCUGAGUUGUUGGAUUCCUUCGUCCGUUCUUGGUGAGUGACUUUCAUGGUCUGCAGUUCCGGCUGCCUUCAGUUUUAUUUUGAAGCCUUUCUCUGUGAGGUUUGAUUUUUCCAGGGUCAGUUUUUAAAUGUUGAGAGAAGCGUGCUUUUUCAGUUUGUUCAUUAUUUUCGACAAAUGUUUUAGGUGGGUAAUUUUAGCUUUGUGGAUCGGCAGCAUUUUUGGGGGUGGAUCAUUGCUCUCAAGUCGAAUUUUCCUUGGUAAUCUGGCCAGAAGGCCCAUGGGGUCAGAAAGGCAGGUCAAAAUGUCUUGCUGCUUUCUUGAAGAAUUUGAAACAAGCUUGCAAAGUCCUAUCCUCCCUUUGGAUUUCUCCUGUCUGGGUGUUGCCAGGGCUCCUGCUAGCCACAGGGAAAAUAGGAUGUACUAGGAUUCAGACUUCUAGGGAGGGUUGUAUUGUCCUUGUGAUCAGAGUCCCUCCCUCCAGUCCCUGUGACUUCCCAGCUUCACGCGCACAUCUUGCCCACACCCUAGGCAAACGUGGAAAGGAGCAGCUCUGGUACACUGGAAAGAACGGUGGAUGGGGAGGUCCCUGGAUGGCCGGUUGCAGGUGUCCCAUCGGAAAGGGCUCCCUCAUGUCAUCUACUGCCGCCUGUGGCGAUGGCCCGACCUGCACAGCCACCACGAGCUGCGGGCCAUGGAGCUGUGUGAGUUCGCCUUCAAUAUGAAGAAGGACGAGGUCUGCGUGAAUCCCUACCACUACCAGAGAGUGGAGACACCAGUUCUACCUCCUGUGUUGGUACCACGCCACACAGAGAUCCCGGCCGAGUUCCCCCCACUGGACGACUACAGCCAUUCCAUCCCCGAAAACACUAACUUCCCCGCAGGCAUCGAGCCCCAGAGCAAUAUUCCAGAGACCCCACCCCCUGGCUACCUGAGUGAAGAUGGAGAAACGAGUGACCACCAGAUGAACCACAGCAUGGACGCAGGUUCUCCAAACCUGUCCCCGAAUCCGAUGUCCCCAGCACACAAUAACUUGGACCUGCAGCCGGUCACCUACUGCGAGCCAGCCUUCUGGUGCUCCAUCUCCUACUACGAGCUGAACCAGCGCGUCGGGGAGACGUUCCACGCCUCGCAGCCAUCCAUGACUGUGGACGGCUUCACCGACCCCUCCAACUCAGAGCGCUUCUGCCUAGGGCUGCUCUCUAACGUCAACAGGAACGCAGCGGUGGAGCUGACGCGGAGGCACAUCGGAAGAGGCGUGCGGCUCUACUACAUCGGAGGGGAGGUCUUCGCAGAGUGCCUCAGUGACAGUGCUAUCUUUGUCCAGUCUCCCAACUGUAACCAGCGUUAUGGCUGGCACCCAGCCACCGUCUGCAAGAUCCCACCAGGAUGCAACCUGAAGAUCUUCAACAACCAGGAGUUUGCUGCCCUCCUGGCCCAGUCCGUCAACCAGGGCUUCGAGGCUGUCUACCAGUUGACUCGAAUGUGCACCAUCCGCAUGAGCUUCGUCAAAGGCUGGGGAGCAGAGUACAGGAGACAGACUGUGACCAGUACCCCUUGCUGGAUCGAGCUGCACCUGAAUGGGCCUUUGCAGUGGCUUGACAAGGUCCUCACCCAGAUGGGCUCCCCAAGCAUCCGCUGUUCCAGUGUGUCUUAAGAGACAUUGAGUAUGGUAGGGGAGGGCGGGCUUGGGGAAAAGGUCAUGCAGGAAGUCGAGAGAACUGAAACUCUACUCAAUCCAUUGUUGUCAAGGAAGAAGAAAUCUUUCUCCCUCAAUUGAAGGGGUGCACUCACCUGUUUUCUGAAACACACGAGCAAACCCAGAGUUGGAUGUUAUGAACAGCUGUGUCUGCCAAACACAUUUGCCCUUUGGCCCCACUUCGAAGGGCAAGAAACGGCUUCUGCUCUGGUGGCUUAAGUGAGCAGAACAGGUAGUAUUACACCACCAGCCCCCUCCCCGCAGACUCCUUUUUUGGUUGACAGCUUUCUGGGAUGUCACAGUCCAACCAGAAACGCCCUUCUGUCUAGGACUGCAGUGUAGAGUUCACCUUGGAAGGGCAUUCUAGGUAGAAAGAGCCCCCCCGCAGGGCCAUGCGGACCUCAUGCCCAGCUCUCUGAUGCUUGUGACAAUGCCUCUUCCAAUGAACAUUCCCAGCCUAACCCCACCGCUCCAGCACACCCUGCCCCUCGUGAGCUGGAUGGACCUGGAUGGACCUGGGGUGGGGAAAGGAGCUUGUCUCCCUCCCUCCCCUCUCAGAACAUACUGACUAGAAGGCGUGUGUUCCGCAGAACCUGCCCACAGGACAGCAGGAAACAUUGGUGAGCGCCACGGCUUUAAAAACUCUUAGGUUUUUCCUUUUUCACUUUGAAAAGUUGGAAGCAUCUGCUGAGUCCCAGUGCAUAUGCAAUGUAUAGUGUCUAUUAUCACAUUAAUCUCAAAGAGAUUCAAAUGAUGGUAAGUGUUCUCAUGAAAUAGGAGGUCCUUGUCGUGGGAUGGCAUUUGGUCGCAGGCCCCACCACGCUGGGCGUGCGUCACCAGUCAGAGCUUGCUCCGGAUUCUGAUGCAAAUGGCUAUAUUGGUGGAUGUAGUCAGUUGCAUUAAUUAAAUCAACUUUAUCAUAUGCUCUUUUCAAUGUUUGGUUUAUACAUCUUCUUUAAAAAUCCUGGCCUGGCACAUUGACUGGGAAACCUGAGUUAGACCCAGCAACUGCUUCUCUCCCUUCUCUCUUCUAAGGUGAAGCUUUUCCAGGUUUUGUUGAAGAGACGCCUGCUACCACUUCUGGAAGCGGAAAUUUACAGAAGCACAUUCACCAGAAGGGAAACAUCUCAGGCCAACAUAGGCAGCUGAAAAGAGCUAUCGUCAAAAUAUUUUUACACCUUUGAAAAUUGCAGGCUUGGUACAAAGAGGCCUGUCAUCUUCCCCCUGGGAUAUAAGAUGAUCUUGCUCCCAGUAGAGGACUGUCAGUGACAACUGUAGCAGUUAUAUUGUGUAAUAAGUACUGCUCCCAGUGGCAGUUAGGGAGAAAACUUAGUCAAAAUUACUUCAACUGGAAAAAAGAGCCCUCUUCUUUUCCCAGCCUUUUGCAAAAUACGACAGACAGAACUGCCACCUUCAAUUGGUACUUUAUUCUUUGCUGCUCUUUUUGUGUAUAAAAUGACCUAUCCCACAUUUUUGCAUGGCUAUAUAGCAGGAAAAAUCAAGGGAUUUCCUAUGGAAGUCCUGCUUUAUUCCAGGUGAAGGGAAGGAAGUGUGUAUAAUUUUGGCAGGUUGUAAACCUCAAAUGUGAUGAGAUUUCUGACGUUGGAGGAAGAUGGACCGGCUUCCCGGUGCCCCACCUGCAGGAUCCUGUGCCUCUGAAGCUCUAGCCACAAGGUUUCCAGUUAGUUAGGAGAUCUGCUCCCCAAGCCUCCUGAGGACACAGGAAGAGACCGAAGGAGCACCUUGACAGACUCAAGUCUCCUUGAAGGAGUACUGACCCAGAACUCGGACAACACAGAACCCUUCACUUCCUCUCAGAGGGCCAAAUUCUGCAAGUCUGAAGCAUUUGCCUGGUGUGAAAUCAUCUGCGGCCUAUUUCUUGCACAGGAAGUCCCUGGAACCUCCUGUACAUGUUUCAUGCUCCCAGCCAGCUCUGAGACCCAGGACACAAAUAUUCCAUUUGCUAGAGCAGUCACGGUCCCCCCUCCUAAAAGCCAUGGGCAGCAGUUUCUGAGGGCCUGCAUUCACCUGCUGCGCCAUCCUGUGAGGGCUUCUGUGGCACACAGCUCUCCAAGUGCCUAGGAACAAGCUUCAGCCGCAGCCUGAUUCUGGUGAUCCAGUGCAAGUCCUGUCUGAUUCCAGGUAAAGGGGGAAAAAAGCCUAUACUUUGUUAUAAACUUCGAAUGUGAUGAAAUGACAUGUUUGGCUGCAUUUGGAUGGUGUCUUAGAACCCUCAUGCUUGGCUACUUGUAGGAGCAUGAAAUUUUGAGUUUUGCAUGUUUCCAAAGGCUACUUCCUUAGCCCUUUAUAGACUAGACCACCAGAGGAGGAUAUGUGAGACUGUAGGCAGAGCCACGUGUGGCAUCACUGAAAAUAAAUUUGAUCAUACCUAAGAGGUUAGGAAAUUGUGCCAUUUCCACCAUACAGUGCUACAUAGGCACUCUGGUAUAACAUUAGUGUCCUUCCUUGAAGCCACAAACUAGUUUUUUAAAAUCCUGUUGUAUGAAUGGCAUUUGUAUAUUAGACUUUUUUAAAGGACAGUUGAAAGGGGCAAGAAACCAGGGCAGUGCUAGAGGAGUGCUGGUGGUGGCUAGAGUGGUUUUAAGGGGCGUUCAUCUAGGCAACACGAUCGCAUGUGUUGCCCCUGCCCUGGGCUCCCUGCCAUGACAUCUUCACCUUGUAGCUUGUGCUGACACUGACCUGAGUGUAGCUAGCAGUAGGACAUGGAUCCUUGUCUUUAGCCCCUUCCAAGGAGCCGAUUUUUACUCCCUUUCCUCUCUCCUUCCCAUGCGUGCAUAGGUGGCUACCCCGCCGGUGUGGAUUACAGGCCUGUGCUGGAACAUCCUUAGCCGGCCACCUUCCUGGCAGGCUGUAGACCUGACAUUUUGAGACAAGCCUAGAGUCAGGAACGGGGACUUUGACUCUUAGGGAGAGCACACAUGAGAGCCAAGCUGCUGGCAGACAUCUCUGUUGUCCUUAUGUUAUCUGUAUUUUUUUAAUGACCGUGGUGAUUAUUUUUUUUAAACCAUUGUUAAUAUAGCGAAGUGAGCUAUAGCACAUGUCGUGUGCUUGCUUUCUUUUUUCUCCUUCUCCCCUUGGCUUCCUAGAGUUUGGACAUAUUCCAGGGGAAAUGCUUUUACUCAGAUGACAGGAAGGUUUGUAGUAGUGUGUGCAUGUCAUGCACGUAUGUAUGUGAGUAAUCUGGGGAGGAAGCAAAGAUCUGUUUCAUUCUCAGCCUCAGGCUCCAUGAGGGUCUCCACAGGGCCAGAGCUCAGGUUAGACCACUCUCUUUCGUCCUGACAGAUGUAGGGAAAAGAAUCUGCAGGCUGCUUGUGGGACUGUUCACCGAGGGGGAUACCAGCAGCGAGAGGGCACACGUUUAGCCCUAGACCCUGUUUCUUACAGUGUGACUUGGCUAGAGUUGGGAGGUUCCCCAAAAUAUGUGUCCUCACUUUACCAGAACAAAACCUCAACACAGCAAAGUUGUACUUUGUGUGGCAAAAAUGUUCCCUUGUAGGCCCCUUUCAGGUAACAGUCUUCACAGUGUAUUUCCAUCACCGUUUAAGGAGCAUCAGCCACUUCUCAAGUAGGAAGGGGAAGCAGAAAAAUGGAUGCAUGAGGACAUGGAUCCAAAAUGAAGAUGAAGCAUCUCCCACGGGGAGGUGGUGAGGAGACCAUGGACUAAAACAGGCAAUUGUUCAAAAACACAGCUGUCAUGCAAAAAGCAGCUUGCCUCUCAUGUAAACUGGAUUGAGAAAUUCUCAGUGAUUCUGUAAUGGAUUUUCUUCUUUUUUAAUGCAGAAGUAAUGUAUACUCUAGUAUGCUGGUGUUUUUAUAUUUAUGUAAUAAUUUCUUAAAACCAUUCAGACAGAUAACUAUUUAAUUUUUUAAAGAAAGUUAGAAAGGUCUCUCUGCCCAAGGACAGUGGCUGGAAGAGCUGUGGCACAGCCAGUUCUGAAGGUUGGUGGAGGGUGUAAUGGCUUUUUGGCUCAGCACCCAGAAACACCAAACCAGACUGGCUAAACAAGUGGCCACGUGUAAAAACAGGCAGCUGUGAGUCAAAUCUGGGCCCUUCCACAAGGGUCCUCUGAACCAAGUCCCCUCCCUUGCUGGGGUUGAAAGCAUUACCCAGAGAGAUGGAGCCGUCUUUAUCCAAGAAGCCUUCACUCACCUUCACUGCUGCUGUUGCAACUCGGCUGUUCUGGACUCUUACUUUGGUGUGUGUUGUUGAGGGAUGGGGAAUAGAGCAUUGACUAUGUUGAUACCUUUACUAUUCAGCCAGCCUGACCUUUCAAUAUCUUUGUAAAAAGCAUGUAUGUAUUUAUAGUGUUUUAGAUUUUUCUAACUUUUUUAUCUUAAAAGCAGAGCACCUGUUUUAAGCAUCGUACCCCUAUUGUUAAAGAUUUGUGUCCUCUCGUCCCCUCUCUUCCUCUUGUUAAGUGCCCUUCUAAUAAACUUCAUGGAAAAGCUCCGUGCCAGGAGCUCAGUC